GCUCAAGUGACAGUUCCUCAUUAAAGCUUCACCAAUCCAAUUGCGGGGGACCCUUGUCAAUGUCACGUUAUAAUGGCGAGUUCAUAAAAAAUGGUACUUACAUUUAUUCACUGAAAUUAUGUUCAGUAACGUUGGAUAUUUUAGUAAUUUUAUAGUCGAAAUUUCAAUGCUCUAACGAGAAACGAGAAACUAGGUACCUAGGUAAUAUUGAAGUGGAGCGAAAGUAUAACCUGGAAGUCUUCUCCCCUGGUUUAGAUGUCGUAUAGGCGUUAAUAGGAAACAACUGAAUACCGAACCUAUUCAUAUUUCCAGAAUAAAACCAUCAUGAUUUUAAAGGCCUAAACAAACUCAUAGGUACAUAAGAGGUCAAUUCAAGUCCAUAUUUAAACCCCAAAAUUCAAACACAAUGGCGCUCCCCAACUUCUCACCAGAAUCCUGGAUCGUCUACGCAACAGCCUUCAUCCUCAUCCCCAUCCUAACCAUCAUCAUCGUCAUCCAAUCUUAUUCCCAGCGGAAACUCAACCCACGAGAACCCACAGUCCUCGCGCCCGCAAUCCCCGUGAUCGGACACAUAAUAGGCAUGGCGAUCUUCGGCGGUCGGUAUAUCAAGAAUCUCGGAAUCCGGCACCGCGAUCUCCCUAUUUUCACACUCCCCGUCCCCGGAUCCCGCAUCUACAUCGUCGCAGACCCAUCCCUCGCUGUCGCCGUGCAGCGCGCGUCCAAAGUUCUCUCUUUCACCCCCAUCAUCCCAGAAGUCACCGAGCGUGUACUCGGCCUCGACGCCGCAACCAUGGAAAUCACGCGCAAGAACCUCGACCCAGGACCCGGCGAGGAGCGCGGCUUUCUCGCCGAUAUCCAGGAUAUGGUGUACGUACAGCUGGGUCCGGGGUCGUACCUCGAAGAGCUCAGUCUCGCCGCAGCUCACGAGAUACAGGACGAAAUCGCCUCUGUCACCACACAGCCUACUAGCCCUAUAGACCUCCUCUCAUGGGUUCGCCAUCUCGUCACCGUAUCAACCGCAAAGUACCUCUACGGGCCGCAGAACCCAAUCGCCGUAGACCCGUCUCUCGAAACCUCGUUCUGGGACUUCGACCACGGGCUCGGGUCCCUGCUAAUGAAUAUUUACCCUUCGAUUACAGCCCCGAAGGCGUAUUUGGGCCGUGAAAAACUAUCCGCGGCGCUUCUUGUGUACUUAGAAGCAGGCCUGCACAAGAAGGGAUCAUCAAUCGUGCAGCGGCGCGUAGAAAUUGCACAGCAGCACGGGUGGGCUUUACCAGCCAUCGCACGCGAAGAACUCUCCUUCCUCUUCGCGGGGAUCGUGAACGCCACAACGUCGACAUUCUGGAUUUUGGUGCACCUAUACGCCGACCCCUCGCUACUAGCUAGCGUGCGAGAGGAAGUCCAAGCAGUUCUCGAAACACCCAAACUAGAUUCAACUUCAGGGAGGGCUCGAUUGUACCUCACGGACCUCCGAGACACCUGCCCCGUCCUCGUGGCCGUGUAUCGCGAAUGCCUGCGUCUCGGAUCCGACACCUAUUCCACUCGCCUAGUGAAGCAGGACCACAUCCUCGCAAACCAGUACUUCCUAGCGAAGAACUCUGUAGUUCAGAUCGCAGGCGGCGUCAUCCACGCCGAUAGCCGGAUCUGGGGCGAAGAUGUCGAUUCGUUCAACCCUAAGCGCUUUCUGGUUACGAAGGAAGGUGGCGUCGGAAAAGAAAAUGGAGGGGUGGGGGGAGUGGUGAAACAGAAACAAAAUAACGCAUUCCAUCCCGCGGCUUUUAGGGCUUUCGGUGGAGGCAAGACAUUGUGCCCUGGACGCCACUUCGCCAUGAAUGAAAUCCUGGCUUUCGUCGCGCUGGUCGUGCUGCAGUUUGAUAUGAAACCCGCACAUGGGGAUAAGAUUGAGGUUCCUCGGAAGAACGACGGCGUUUUGCCCGUUCAUAUCUUGGAGCCUGUUUGUCCGGUUGAGGUGUUGAUAUCGAGGCGGGAGGAUUCUGUGGCGCGGAAGGCGCGGAAAGCCAAGUUUUCCAUGUAGACGAUUAAUGGCGUGGAUGGUAUUAUGUCCUAUAAGAGGGUCUUAGACUGUUCAUAUAAUGAUGAUGGGUACCGGUACUGGGUAUAUAUGGGAUACGGGAAGGAAAUACUUCUAUCGAAAGCAUGACUGGGUUGGCAGGUGCUUAAUAGGCGAGGCAUGUUUAAUAGUCGAUCCCUUCGUGGGACUGGUUUUCAUAGGUGUAUUAUUGACUAUACAAAGUAGGAGAUGUGUGGCUUCUUCCGUAAUCUAAGCUGUGAACCCCGCUAUAAGAAAAGGACGGUCCUCUAGCACCCUCUAAC